AUGGUUUCGGUCACCUGCGUCCUGGCCGCCAUCGGCGUGCUUCUGCCAUGGGGUCUGGGUACAACCUCGGCCCCCCUCAUCGUCUUUGCCAUCCUCUGGGGGAUGACAGCCUUGAGCUUGCCGGGUCUCUGGAGCAAGAUCAUCACUCCCAUUUGCAAGGACGACCCUACGCUACCUGGGUUGGUGUUUUCAAUCUUUGCAAUGUUGCGUGGUAUCGGCAACGUUACCGCUGGUCCCAUUUCAACGAAACUUCUUCAAACUGACGCCUUCCGUGGUGCCAUUGGCGCAUACGGCACUAACUUCGGUGCCGUUUUGAUUUAUACGGCCGUGACGACGUUCUUCGGCGGUGUUGUCGGAGCCUUUUUCCCCGCAUAG